AAAGCUAUGGCGGGCUCAGCUUCAUCAUCUCUCUCCCUACUGUGUCAUCUGCAUUGCUCCAUGUACAGGAACUGUAACAAGAAUCCCUCUUUUUUGCUCUCAGGUGGAGAAGCUCGGAAGCUUUCUUCUCUCACUUGCUUUGCUUCCAAGAAGAAACUGGGUUUCAUGGACCAAAUUCUUGACUAUAUUGAAGGGGGUCCAAAGUUAAGGAAAUGGUAUGGGGCACCUGACCCCUUCACCAAAGAUGAAUCUUUGCGGGUGGAAGAUGAGGCUUCAGAAGCAGACGAAGAUCAAGUUCGGGAUGCAGUUUUAGUAACUGACGGGGAUAAUGAGAUUGGUCAGAUGAUUAUAUUGUCAUUGAUAAUCAAAAGAACUAGCGUAAAAGUGCUAGUGAAGGAUAAGAAGGCUGCUAUGGAGGCCUUUGGCACUUAUGUUGAGCCAAUAGCCGGAGAUGUCAAGAAUAAGUCAUUUUUAAAGAAAGCACUCAAAGGUGUUCGUGCGGUCAUAUGCCCAAAUGAAGGUUUUGUAUCUAACAUUGAUAGUUGGAAGGGUUUGCAACACGUGAUCCUAUUAUCCCAGCUAUCUGUUUAUAGAGGUUCUAGUGGUAUCCAAGCAAUGCUGAGUGGCAAUGCAAGAAAACUGGCAGAGCAAGAUGAAACGGUGGUUUUGGCCUCGGGAAUCCCUUACACCAUAAUUAGAACUGGCUCAUUGACAAACACUCCGGGUGGGCAGCAAGGUUUCAGCUUUGAAGAGGGUAGCGCUGGACGAGGGAGUCUUAGCAAGGAAGAUGCCGCCUUCAUAUGUGUAGAGGCUCUGAACACAGUGCCACAAACUGGACUUAUAUUUGAGGUGGUUAAUGACAAAGAGAAGGUUUUGGAUUGGAAGAAGUGUUUUGCAGACCUAAUGGAGAAAUCAGGGAACCAGCCUGUAUGAGUGGACAAAGAAUUGAUGUGUCCUAGUAUAUUUUUGUAUCAUAUUACAAAUGCAAUCACUGAACUUCAUAAUGAAUGUUAUUGUCUCCUCCAUCUAAUAAUAAUACCAACAUACCUUAUUAAAUUAUA